CAUAUAUAUAUAUUUAUUCAUUUUUACCAAUGCCUAAUAUAUUACCAACUUUUUUCUCACUUUCCAAGUGUAAUAAUUGUACAUUUUGUUUAUUAUGUUGACUUAUUUAUAAUUGUAUAUUUUUAUUUUAAUAUGCCUUUCCUAUAUUAAAUAGUUACACUAUUGAAUGAAUUUGAACUCUUGUAAUAUUUUUUCAUAAAGGACAAUAACAUUAUUUCCGAGGUAAUUGAUAAUUAUCAAUUUGUAUAAUUUACUUAACUAAUCUUAUAUAUUUUUACUAUUUGACUUAAAUUUCAAGUAUUAUAUUCAUUAAUUAACCUUUAUUUAAAUGUUCCAGAAUGGCACAAACUAGGCGUGUUCCAAUAUUUGGUUCUCGACCACCUUGUGCAUAUCAAUCCCGCCUUGAUGAACGUAGUGCACAAUUGAAAGCAGCCCGAAUGGAGAAAUCAAAAAAAUCUGAUAAACCAGAAGAUUUUGUAUGCUAUGAAGAUUCUGAUGAUGAAGAAGAAAGUACAAUGUCAUUGUGCACUAUGUUAAAUUCUUCAUACAAUUUUGUUGACUAUAUAAGAAACAGAGAAUAUGGAAUGAGAGAGUAUCAUUCAGUCAAUCCACAUCAUGGUACCCGGCAUAUCUUGACGCACGAUUUAUUCAAAGAACAAUCUAUACCAUUAAAAACAAUGAAUAAAGUUUUUUGUUCACAAUGGCUUAGUAGUAAACAAAUUGUCUUUGGCACAAAAUGUAAUAAAGUAAGUAAAACAGCUGCAGUUUACUUACAUUAAUUCUUUUAAUGUUUAAAUUAAAAGAAUUCUGAUUUUUGGUAAAACUUAUAAUUUGUCAAAUAAAAAUUUGAUAUUUUAGUGUUUUUCUUUUAUUAAUAAUAUUUUAAUUGAAUAGAUUCAAUUGAUAUUAGGUAACUACCUAUUUAAUAUUAACUUAUUAAAGUAUUAGCUAGUAGCUACCUAUAACUAAACUAAUUUAUUUUAAUGAAAACCAUAUGUUUCUAAUUCAAUUAGUGUCGAAUAUUAAGGAAAGGGAUUAUGUGGUUCUUUGUUUAUCAUGACCUUAUUAACAUCAGCUGCGUUAAAUAGUAAUUGUAUUGGCCCACUGAGUUUUAGGUUUUUCAUUUUCCCAAAGGAUAUAAAAAACAGAUAAAAGUGACAUUAGCUCAAUUUAAAAUGAGGAUGAUUUUGUAUCACUAACAAGUUCAAGUCUAUAAUUCUGAGUUUGCAGCUAAGUGUCAUACUAUGUUGUUUUGUGUUUUCUUUGUUUUUGCAUUUUACAAUAUUUUUAACUAAUCCAUUGAAAUUAUAUAUGCAGCAAAUCUUGAUGUUCUAACUUUUAGAUUCUGAGUGGAGCGAAGAAGCUUAUAAAUCUUACAAAAAUGUUUAUUUGUUUUAUUUUUUCUAUCUGUUAACAACUUUUCUACCAGAAGUUUUACUCGGAUUUUUACAUGUAGCACCUUUUCUGAAAGGAAAUCAGUGUGGAAAGUUACUCUAUAGAGGUUUAUCAUCAAAUUUAAAAAACCAAAAAAAAACAGGAAAAUAUAAGAAAUGUAGGUAUUAGUUCAAAUACAUUACGGUCUUCUUAUUUUCUAUGCAAAACUUGUCUACCAUCACUUUUGCUCCAAGUUCUAAUAAUAGCAAUGUUUCUAAAAGAAAAUUUCAUUAAGAAGGUACUUUAAACUGAUUGUUUUUCGAUUUUCUCCAGAGUUUUCUUAUUCAAUUUGAAAAACCAAGAAAAACGUAGGAAAAUUGGUACAACAUUAAACUAAUUUUAUUAAAGAAAAUAUAUAAAGCCUAUUUAAUUAUUAUUUUACUAUAAGAUGACUUAUAUAUAUUGUUGACAAAGCAUCACUAUCAACUGAACUCCGCUCACAAUUGUUUUUUCAUAAGCAAUGGUUUAUCGUUACUUACAGGUAUACAUGAAAUUAUAUAUAACAGUGGCUACAGCCACCCCAUUAUCCUAGGACGUCUUUUGUUGUAUUGUUUAUUUAAUAUGAAAUAUCAAUAGUUAUGAAUAAUACAAUUUAACUGUUAAUACUGUGUUUGCUCAAUUGAGCGAUCUAUUCUUAUCCCCAAAAAUUUAAUCCUUGGUUUCCAAUGUGACGUGAGGGUGUACUUAUCAUUUUACCAUUUAAGAUAUAUUAAAAUAUUUUUUUUUUAUUUUUAGCUAAUGGUUUAUAAUGUUAAAUCACAUGAGCUGGACCAAAUACCACCAAUUAAAGGACGUAUCCAUGAGUCAGCAGAUUAUCAAAGUGGUAUUCAUUCAUUAAAAAUGAACCCAUCUCGGUCAUUAUUAGCUACAGGUGCAUAUAAUUCAAAUGAAAUUGCUAUAUACAGGUUGCCCACAUUAGAUCCAAUUGUUUUAGCUGAGGUAUAAUUGAAUUUUUAAGUUAAUUUUUUUGUUGUAAAUAAAUAAUUAAUUUAAAUUAAUAUUAUAUUAGGGGGCUCACAAAGAUUGGAUAUUUGACAUAGAAUGGUUAGAUGAUGAAUUUUUUGUCAGUGGAUCUCGCGACACUAAGCUUGCUCUAUGGCAAGUUCAAGAUCAAUAUGAAGAACAGUAUGAUGCUGAUGGUGAUCUCAUACAACCUGUAACUCGAUUUAUUGAACCUACCGUAGUAAAAAGCUGUAAAACGGCACAAAAAAUCCGUGCAAUCACAUUCAAUAAGAAUUUAAAAGAAAUGGUUACAUUAUCAUUAAAUGGAUAUGUUCAUAUUUGGGAUGUUGAACGCUUCAAACAAGUGAUUACAAUUUUAAUAUAUUAUACAUUAUUACUUAUAAUAGUUAUACAUUUUUUGAAUUCUUUAUUUUAAAAUGUUUAAAUAGUGAAAUAAAAUAAUAUUUGACCAUAAGUAAAUAUUUAUAUUCUUAGCAAAAACCAUAUUUGGUUAAUAUGAUUAAUGUUAAAAAUAAAUAUAGAUAUUAAAUGGUUAGAAAAUAUAAUGCUCAAUGCUACAUUGAAUUAUAUAUCAAAUGUGUAGGUUGUAGUAGGUCAAACCAAGCAUGCAUCUGCUAGACAAACAGCUCGCGCAAAUCUGCCAAUGAUUAGUAUUUUUGUUAAUAAAACUGAACUUUAUUUAAGUUUUAGUUUUGAAAAAUUAGUCUGUGUUUUGUUAUGUGGGUAUUUAAACUAACACUACUGAUAUUUUUUGGUAUUGGUUCAGUAUUAAUUAAGCUUGCCCCAUGGUUAGUAAGUUCUUCACAGGUGUAUACAAUAACAAUUACUAAUAUCUCGCAAGUGUAUCUGCUGAUGCAAAAGUUCAGAAACAUAUAGAAUUAAAAAUAAUUUUAUUUUUAAUAUUUUCUAGAUUUUAGACCACUUCUCAUUCCUCAAUUUCCUGUGUUUAAUAAAUUUAUUUUUGAAAAAAAAAAAGCAUAGAAUGUCAAGUUGUCCUACUUAAUUGCAAUAAUUAUUACACAUUUUAGUAUUUAAUAUGUUUUUUGUCUUACAAAAAAAAAAAAAAUUUACAUUUAUUUUUAAAUCCAUUAUUUAACAAUAUUGAGAAUAUGACAUUAAUUUAAAAUAUAUAUUUUAUAAACUUUUUAGAUUAAUAGUAAAUAAUUUUCAAUUUAGUAUUUUAUUGAUAUUGAUAUAUAUUUUAGAUUUUGAGUGGAAUGAAGAAUCUUAUGGUUUUACAAUGAUGUUUAUAUUUUUUUUUAGACAGACAACUCUUCUAUUAGAAAUUUUAAUUUGAUUUUUAAGUGUUGUACCUUUUCUUAAAGGAAAUCAGAUUGGGAAGGUAUUUAAAGGAGGUCAGUUUUUUUAAUUUUUCUAUGGGUUUUCUCAAUAAAUGAGAAAACAUAGGAAGAACAGGAAAAUAAUUUACAAUAAUAAAUAUUAUUAAAAAAAUGUAUAAUGCCUAUGUAUUUAUUUUACCAUAAUAUAACAUAUAUAUUGUUGACCAAGCAACGCUAUCAACUGAACUCCAUUCAGAAUCAUUUUUCGUUUGUAAUGGUUUAUUGUUGCUUACAAAUAUAUUAAAUUUCCUCUCUACUACCUUCCUAACUUAUUAUCUACAACCGAUGUGCGAAGUAUGUCCGUCUUAUUUCAUUAUCCAUUUUACUUUAUAGAGAUUUUCAAGAAGAUUAUCAUCUUGCCAAGAUAAUGUCUGCAUGGCAAUGAAAAGUGAUAGUAGUUUAUAUGCUAUAGGGUGUCGUUCGUAUACAUUACUGCUUGAUUCAAGAACGUUGCAUACGGUAAAAAAGAUUCCUGCAAGAUAUAGUGGAUCUGGUUUGUAUAUUUAAUGUCUUUAAUCAUAACUUUUCAUAAGUAAUUAUAUUUAUUUAAAUUUCAAAACAUCUUAAAUUAAUCUGUAAGCCUGUCAAGAAUAUAAUUUAAUUUAAUAUAGUAGUGUUUUUUCUUUUUUUUGUUACAUUUAUAUAACUUAAGAUAGGAAAUUAAUUUUUUUAAAUCACAUAAGUACAUUGAUUUUAGAGUAAACAGAUUAGCUGUGCUGUACAAAAUAAUGGCAAAAAUUAUAAAUUAGUUUUCUGCUGGCGAUUAUAUGGUACCUUUUUAUAGUGUAAAUGGGCAGGAUAUAGAUCAUACCUCACAUCUACUACACUUUAACCAGAUUCAAUAUUGUUUACUAAUUGUUCAAUAGCUUGGCUUAUCUGUAUAUUAUAAAGUCAAUCAAUGGUACAACUAAUAAAUACUUUUCCUAAUAUUAAUAGUUAUUAAACUACAGAGUAACUGUUUAAACUUUUGGAUAUAUUUAGAAAGAAAAAAAUCUUAUAGACAUUAAAUAAUUCUAUUUUAAUUAAUUUUAUUUCAGGAAUAAGAUCUUUAAGUUUUCAAGAUAAUAUAAUCACAAUUGGAACAGGUGUUGGUGUUAUAAUGUUCUAUGAUAUAAGGACUGGAAAAUACUUAGAGUCUAGUAUUAAUUCAAGUAGAGCAGUUGUAUUAAAAACAGGUCGAGGUUAUGUUGUGAGUGUUAUAAUUUGUAAAUCAUUUUUUAUCAAUUUAUUUUACUUAAUGUUAAAUUUUUAGUAUCCCGAUGAAGAUUUUAUGAUUGACCAGAGUUAUCAACAAGUGAAAUAUACACCAGCAAUUUAUACACAUUGCUAUGACUACUCAGGGACAAGAUUAUUUUCCGCAGGAGGACCAUUGCCAGCUAAUUUAUGUGGAAAUUAUGCUGGCCUAUGGCAAUAAUAUUAUUGUAUUUUAUUAUUUAAAUCUAGUUAGAAAUAUUCUCAUACUAAAUCAACUAUACUUGCAUGGAAUAAUUUUUUUUUGUAAUAUUUUGUGUGACAUUCCUCAGGUCAUUAGAAUGUUAGUGCUAAAUAUUGAGUUAGGCAGUUGUUGAAAUUAAUUGUAUCUAUAUAGUUAUAAAUAUUCUAUUAAUUGAUUACAUUAUUUGAAUACAAUAAAUUGAACUUUUUAAAGUUAUAAUAUUAUGUUGUAGGAGAAAAAUUAAGACUAUUUUACUGGAUACAAGUUAUUGAUGUACUUAAGCUAGUGCAACUAAACAAAAAUUUUUUACUUUUAAUGUACUUAUAAAAUAAUGUAAAAUAAAUUAAAAUAGUUAUUUAAUACCGUAAUGUAAAAAUCAAUUAUCCUAUUUCAAGAGUAAAAUAGAGUAUAGGUUGGUCUUUAUAAUGGUCCCUCUAUUUUUUUCUUUACUAUUAAGUCAUUAUAAAGCAGUGACAGUGUAAAUUGUUUUUUGAGAAUUCAACAAUUUUAAAUUGAUUAAUAGUAUCCUGGUUUCAUUAUUUGAAUAUGUUCAACUUGUGUUUUCUAUCAGAAAUAUUGCUCCAGUAGAUAAACGAUAAGACACCUUUUUUGUUGCAUUUUCAAUCUAGUUGGUGAACAAGAAAGUUGUUUUUUGAUUUUAUUUGAAGUUUUUUUUAAUAAAUGAGCAAAACCGAAAACAAAUUUAGAAAGUACAGGAAAAUGUAUAAAAAUAAUGGUUUUAUUAUUUUUAAUUUUGUUUUUAGUGUAUAUUUGUUUAAUGUAAUAUAUUCAUAGACUUGACAAUUUAAGAGAAAAUUUGUAUUUGAUUUUUCUAGAUGUGGUAAAAUUUUCAAAAUAUUUGAUCUAUUUUUGAGCUAAUUAUAGACAUCAAUUUUGCAAUUUUUGUAAGUAAUUUUUAAUUGAUAAGUGCUUUGUGAAUAAAAUUGUUAGGCUAUACAGAAAUGCAUGUAAACUAAUAAGAGUUUCUUUAAAUGUUAUACUUUUUAGUCAAAAACAAAUUUGAGCUUUAUGUAGUAUUUUUUUUUUAUAAAAGAAUUUUAAUAUAAAAUUUGACAAAAUUCAUUUGAAUAAAAAAUUAUGUGGAACAAAUCUAAUUAUUGGUCCAUGCAAAUUUUUUAAUUAUUUUUGUUUUGAUCAUAUGUAUGCCUAUUAUCAAUUUAAGAAUGAUGGUGAAGUCAGAAUUGAUUGGAUUGACAAUUUUGAAAUCAUAGCUUUUGAAGUUCUAAUAUUUGGAUGUUAUUUGUGUUAUUUUAAAUAACUCAAUAUUGUUGAUUUCAUAAUAUAUAUGUUGUAUUCUAGUGGUGGUAUGUACCUGAUAUCCCAGAGGUUGCAAGUUCAAAUCCAAAUUCUGUAAACAUUUUUUUGUAAAACCACGCCAAGUUGAUAACAGUGAAAGUAUUUUUUUUUUCAAAGAGUAAAUCAAAUUUUGAUAAAAAGCGUAAAUAUUAUGGCUUCUUAUAACAUGUAUAACUGAACUUCACUCCGAAUCGUUUUUUAUUGUCAAUGGUUUAUUGUUGGUUACAUGUAUAAAUUAAAAAACUUUAUAUAUCCCACUUUCAACAGUGACCACACCUGUCCCCAGUAUCAGCUCUAUUUUAAUUUUGUACCUACUAUUAAAGCCAAUUAUAAAUAAGGUCUUAUGCAUUUAUGUGUUUAGUGUUAUACAUUUUCAGGUAGACUUAAAAAAUCUUUAAAACCUACCGUUUUUGAAAAUUUUGAAUCCAUUUGCGGUAUGAAAAGAGGGUGAGUAAUCAUUACCAAAUUUUAUAUGAAUUAAUUUCUUAUAAUAGGUAAUGAAAAAUAAAAAAUAGGUGGUCCUGAAAAUAGAAAUCUAAAAGUUCAAAAUUAACGACCAGCCUAACCAAGAGUCACCAAUUAAUAUUUUUGAAAAGACCACGUUAGGAAGUUUUUACGGGCCAUAAAAUACAAAGAUCAACUUACUAAGAUUUUUUUCAACAAAGGAUGUAAUAUUGUGUCAUUGAAAACUUCUAAAUUACUUCAUAAUGACUACCCAAACAAACAAGCAGAGCUUCUACCCAGUCCAGUAAGAUGAAAGUAUUUCCACUUGGGUUAUUCUAGUUGAUCGUUUUCUUGUUGGCGAGUUUGAUAAAAUGUCUAUUUAAUGAACCUAUAAAAGUAUAAGACAGGUAUAGACCUGUCUUAUACUUUUAUAAUCAUCUUGAGUCAAUUUGUUUUCUUUUUACAUAUUGGUUUGGUUUUUAAUAUUUCAAAAUAGUAAAUAAAAAAUUAUUGUCAU